UCUUGAUUGGAAUGGCAUUGUAUGAUCUUGCUGCAGUUCUAUUGCCUGUUGGGCCAUUAAGGCUCUUGGUGGAGCUUGCCAUGUCUAAGGAUGAAGAUAUCCCAGCUUUGGUCUAUGAGGCUAGGCCUGUGACUCCUCAUGAUUCUGGUUCAAGUAGUGGUGUACCUCAAAGGAGAACUUGGAGAGAAAGGAGAAAAUGCUGGACAUCAUUUGGUUGAGAGUUUGAAUUCUGGGUCUCAUUCUGAUGUUAAUGUUUUGGGUUCAAACAGGAUACUUGGUACUAGCGUAGCAGUUGGAAGUAAUAAUCGUGAGAUGAGAUUGGUUAGAGCCGAAGAGGGGAGGGUUUCGGACAGAGAGGCUGAGCUUGCUGCACCAUUGAUUGAUAAUAGAGUGAACACUCAGUUGGAUGGACAGGAAAAUGCUGUUGUGCCAAAUGAAAGUUUCAUACUAGGAGGUAUAGGAUUGGUGUUAUCUGGCGCCAUAAAGCUUGGGCUUGGAGACUUUAUCUUCUAUAGUGUGUUGGUUGGCAGGGCAACGAUGUAUGAUCUGAUGACAGUCUACGCAUGUUACCUGGCUAUAAUUGCUGGUCUGGGGUUUUAUGCCAUUUAGGACGCAUCGUCGGAUGAAGAAGAUGAGUCUGUUUUCCCAUCGGAGGAUGUUAUCUAUGGGCAGCAAGUGGAACCCCACUUCGACCUUACCAAGUCUAUGCUACAGGCUAAUUACUUCGCAUCCAACAAGAAACCAAAGCUCACUGCUGAAGAGAAGAAUAUAGAAGUCGGCAUAAAAAAAAUGCCAAGGCUUCUAUUUCUUCUGGUUGUGGCAGAGUUGUGGAAGGGAAGGGCAAGAUAGGGCCAGGGUUUAGCGACCUGGGGGAAUUGAGGAGCGUGCUGGAGGAGCUGAUGAUGGAAGUCAUAAUUCCGUUCCACCAUCCGCAGUUGCCGCAGUGGCUGGGUGUGAGACCCAUUGCUGGUAUUCUGUUGCAUGGCCCACCUGGCUGCGUUAAGACCAAACUGACUCACGCCAUUGCGAACGAGACUGGUGUUCCAUUCUAAUCAGAUUUCCACUACUGAGGUUUUAUCUGGUGUCGCUGGUGCAUCAGAAGAAAAUAUUAGAGAUCUUUUCUCCAAGGCAUACAGGACUGCACCAUCAAUUGUAUUUAUUGAUGAGAUUGAUGCAAUUGCAUCAAAGAGAGAAAA